AUGACCCAGCAGCAGGACUUUAAAACCUUCAAGCUUGGGGAUUGGGAGCUUCAGAGUGGAGAGAAGCUUGCCAAUGCGCAUAUUGCUUACAAGACAUUUGGCGAUCCCAAGUCACCGGCUAUCAUUUACCCCACAUGGUUUUCCGGAUUGAUCUCGGAUAAUUUCUGGUUGAUCGGAGAGGACAAGACGCUCAGUCCGAAGGAGUACUUCAUUAUUAUCCCCGCGCUCUUUGGGAACGGCCAGUCAACCUCUCCGUCCAACUAUUCCGCUUCCGAUCCAUUUCCGAAAUGCGCCUUCUACGACAACGUGCGCGCCCAAUAUACGCUGGUCACACGGCACUUGGGCAUAACGCAUCUGCGCGCCGUGGUCGGAUGGUCAAUGGGUGCAGCCCAAAGCUAUCAGUGGGCAACACAGUACCCGGACUUCAUGGAUUUGGUGAUCCCAUUCUGCGGGGCAGCAAGGACCUCCGUGCAUAACCAAGUAUUCUUGGAGGGGGUGAAAGGUGCGCUGUUAGCAGCAAAGCACACUUCUUCUGCGGUUUUGCGAGAGACCCGCUCUGGACCAGCUUCAAGAACAUGGAACGCCCAGGAAAGAGAAAUUGGCUUGAAAGCCUUGGGCAGGGUUUAUGCAGGCUGGGGGUUUAGCCAAGCUUUCUACAGAGAAAGGCUGUAUGAGAGUGUGCUCGGCUAUAAAAGUCUGGAGGACUUCAUGCAAGGUUUCUGGGAGAGGUGGGCUCUCUCCAAAGACCCUGAAAAUAUGCUGGCUAUGCUGCAGACAUGGCAGCAAGGAAACGUGAGCAACCAAGAGCCAUACAAUGGCGACUUUGAAAAGGCUAUGGGCGCAAUAAAAGCAAAGACACUGGUACUACCAGGAAAAACGGAUCUUUAUUUUCCGCCGGAAGACUCAGAGUAUGAGGUUGAAUGUAUGAGGCCGGGGAUUGGUACCCUUCAAGUCAUCCCCUCCAUUUGGGGUCACUGGGCCGGGGGCCCCGGUGAUAAUAAGAAUGAUGUUGAAUGGAUUGACAAGCAACUGUCACAUUUUCUAGGGGUGAAAUCAAAAGCACCAUUGUGA